UCUUUUUAUUUUUGUAAAAUCAUUUGGUAUCUAAUAUUUUUACCAACUCGACUAAUUCAAAACUAUAUUGUAUUAGUAAUAUAUAAUUACAACUAGCUAGCAAGAGUUGGUGACAUUUCUUUCAUGGUAUACCACCUUUAAUUUCUUCUUCUAAAUCAAACGUGCAACCAACGACAUAUUAUUCUCCAAAAUACACCAAACUCAACAAAUUUAAUCUCAUAUAACACCACACAACUCUCUUGUCAAAUACCAAAUUAAAACCAUCAUUCACUUUUUAUACUCUUUUCUCAACCGUUUGAGGUACAAAAAAAAUAUGAAAAUGAACACUUCAUGUUGCUUGAAAUUCAAUAAUCCAUGCAAGAAAAUAGUAAAGUUGUUCAAGUUCAAACUAAGAAAGCCUCUCUUCAUAAGAAGGCUUCGAAUUUUUCGUCCUUCAACAAGAUGUGAAAGCAAUACAAGCACCCGUAGAAAGCAAGCUUCACAAGUUCUUUCGGUGUUUCGUUUCAUAAGGAGAUCAAAACCAAGAGAGGAGGACCAAGUCAUGGCACUCAAGAGUUUUUCAGGGCAUAUUAAAGCACCAGUUCCUUCACCAAUUACUCCAGCAUAUGCAAGAUUAAGUGGAGCUACUAAAAAAGAAGUAGUAAUAUUUCAGGAUGAUGUUGAAGAUGCAUGUAGAAGCUUCGAGAAUUAUCUGGCUGAAAUGAUUGUUGAAGAAGGGAAAAUGAGGGAUAUAAUGGAUGUAGAAGAAUUGUUAUACUGUUGGAAAAAUUUAAAAAGCCCUGUUUUUAUCGACUUAGUCUGCAGAUUCUACGGUGAACUAUGCAAGGAUUUGUUUUCCCACACCUAUAAGGAUGAUAUCAAUAGCCCACAGAAAAUCAUGCAAUAAUCGAGCAGGUGCACUAAAACUCCUGCUAUAUACACAGAAUUCGGAAAAGAGUAUCGAUGCCUGUUAUAUACCGUCUUACCUGAUCAUACGGAAAAAAACUUUACCUCAUUUACUCUGUUGUAAGACAUUGAAAUUUAUCAAGCAAUAAUAGAUCAGUUAUGUUGCGCGAUUUUUUUUAAAAAUCUUAUCGUGAUCUAUUUUUAUUCAUUUGAUGUAGAGAAUAUGUGAUUAGCCCUAAUAAAGAAGGGAGGACCAAUUUAUAGAGGUUAUGAUUUAAUGUGGUACAUCCAUCAAGUAAUCAAUGUACGAACGAAAUAUAUUCCUUAUU